AUGAUGACGUUGCUCAACCUGAUGGACCGCGUCCUCUACGAGUCGCAACGCCAGGGCCGCAUUAGCUUCUACAUGACCAACUACGGCGAGGAGGCGAUCCAUGGCGNUCGGGUAAUGGACCGCGAUGGGCUGGUGCUGGCCGCCGACCAGGACCCCGCCCUGCCUCAGGAGGUGAUCACGAAGAUGUACAAGAUGAUGACGCUGCUCAACCUGAUGGACCGCGUCCUCUACGAGUCGCAACGGCAGGGUCGCAUUAGCUUCUACAUGACCAACUACGGCGAGGAGGCGAUUCACGGCGGCUCGGCGGCGGCCCUCGAAUCGGAUGACCUCGUCUUCGGGCAGUACCGAGAGGCGGGCGUUCUCAUGUGGCGCGGCUUCCCCCUCUCCAAGUUCAUGGCGCAGUGCUACGGCAACUGCCAGGACCUGACCAAGGGCCGCUCCAUGCCGAUCCACUACGGCACGGCGGAGCUCCACUUCGUCUCCAUCAGCUCGCCGCUGGCCACGCAGAUGCCCCAGGCGGUGGGCGCCGCCUACAGCCUCAAGCGACAGGGCAAGGGCCGCGGCCGCGUGGUGAUCUGCUACUUCGGCGAGGGGGCGGCCAGCGAGGGCGACGCCCACGCGGCUUUCAACUUUGCCGCCACUCUGAGCUGUCCGAUUAUCUUCUUCUGUCGAAACAACGGCUACGCCAUCUCCACGCCCACCCGGGAGCAGUACCGAGGCGACGGCAUUGCCGCCCGCGGCCCCGCCAUGGGCAUUCCCUCGAUUCGGGUCGACGGGAAUGACAUCCUGGCGGUGUACAACGCCACAGCGGCAGCGCGGACUGUGGCCGUAGAGGAGAACCGACCGGUUCUGAUUGAAGCAAUGACGUACCGCAUCGGCCACCACUCCACCUCGGACGACAGCAGCGCCUACCGCAGCGUCGACGAGGUGCGCAACUGGGACCAGAAGGACCACCCGAUAGCGCGGCUGCGAAAGUACAUGACACGCAAGCAGUGGUGGAACGACGACCAGGAGAAGGCGUGGAAGGAGGAGGCGAAGAAGAAGGUCAUGACCGCGCUGAUGGAAGCAGAAAAGCUGCCCAAGCCCAACUACCUGGAGCUCUUCACCGACGUCUACGAUGAGCUUCCGCCGCUCCUCCAAGAGCAGGCCGCCGAUCUGGUGGAGCACCUGAAGCACUACAAGGACAACUACCCGGUGGGCAACUACAAGGCCGACUAA